AUGGCUUCAGCUUGUGCGAGCCAUGACGCGCUGACCGGGUACACACCUGCAGCCCACAACCUCGCGUUUCUGGACGCAAGCCAGAGAGCUCCGGCCGUUCGUGGACUGCUGUACAAGGAGCGCGAGAGGCCGCAGCGAGACAAUGCUCACGUGCACUGGGAUGAGCAGUGCAUCGCAGAGCACGACAAGGAGCGUGGUACUCGCCAAAAGAUCGACGAGCCAGACACUCCUUUCAUUCGCAGCCCUGAAUCUUCGAGUGACGAGGAGGAGGCUUUCGCACCUUCGACGUCGACCUCCUCCAAACGACACGAAGAGCUCGACGAUGAGACGAGGAUCGCCACGUCGCCAACUUCGAUGGCUGCGCUGGCCAAUCGCCUUAACCAGUGGGUUGAGAGCGGCGAGAGGCACGACUUGUCUCGGAGUGCGGAGGGCGAGGUGACGAGCAGGGAAGGCGAGGCAUCCAGGUCCGGGACCAAAAGUGUCCCAAGCAAGAUCCGCCUCCCAGAGGACGAAGGCCAGCAAAAAGCCUCGACAUCUGAAUUCAAGGCAAGACGGGCAAAGCACUACAACGAAUUUGCUGCAGUCAAGGCUCUCCGGAAGAAGGAGCCCGACAGCGACAGCAGCGUGGAUUCGGACACCUCAGACGAGGAAGCAGCUGCCAAGAAGGAACGCAGAGCACAAAAGGCGAAAUCUACGAGUGCUGAGGAUGGUCAGAAAAGCAGGUCAGAUGGCAUCAAUUCCGGUGCAGGCAAGCGUGAAGGCGACUCAGAGGAGACUUCGUCCGGCUGGCCUGGGGAGGAAUGCGAGGCAUCUUUCGUGCAAGGUAAUAAAGCGCUUCCAAAUCCGAUGGAAGGUGGUCGCCCACCGGUGCAAUUCGGAGAGGACGCGCCAGCCGGCACUUCGCUGCCAUCUUCCGAGUUCCUGGCGCAGAGGCGAGCUCACUAUGACGAGGGCGCAGCUCUCCGCAGCAAGCACUCGGAGGAUGGAGCCAGUCCUGGAGGCUUGAGCGACAUGGACAAGUCAGCGGCAGCAAACCCCAUGGAUCCCACGGAGCCACAUGAAGCCGCCGUGAGCUUCAAGGUGGAGACUGUCUCGGGUGAUCACCAAGGCAGCGGCACAGAUGCAUGGAGGUCGAAGCGCAACGCGCACUACCGCGACAUGGCAGCAGCUUUUCGCUCGAAGCCUCCCGUCUCUGACGGUGACAGCGAGGAUAGUUCGUGA